AUGGGAGACUCUCGCGACAAGUUGAAGCACUUGAUUCCAGGUAAGCUUGUCACUGAACACACCCAGACUUGCAAGCUAGGAGUGCACAAGUGCAGCUUGUGCGCCGUGCAGCAGGCAUGGUCGCUUUACAAGAAGCCAUGGCUGAGAGUGCUCUUGGUGGAAGGGGAGUCCAAGCUCGGCUGCAGCUUCUGCGCAAAAGCCGGUCUGGAGGGGCCAUGGGCCAACUUUGAACAGCUUCCGAGUGCCGUGCUGAAGAAGUUCAACUUAGAGAGGCAUGAGAAAUCCAAGGGACACAUGACAGCAAGUCAAGAUGAUAGUCUUGGCGCCGCCCCUAGCGAAGAGACUUUCAAGUCAAGUUUGCAGGCUAUGACCCAAGGACAAUCUGCGAGACAAGGUGGCGGAUCGUCGGACAAGAAAAGUCAAGUGCGGUAUGCCCUGUCGGAAGCAGUUUGCGCUCGCAACAGGACUUUGCUGGCAGACUCUCGCUGCAUCUCUCUGAUGAGAGACGAACGCAAAGGAAGACUUCUUGUGCGCUUCCGCGCUGUUCUACAGGAUUUAACCACCAUCAGUGGCGCGCUUGGCUUGCUGCCUGUGACAGGUUCUGCUGAGUCCAUAGCUGAAACAAUUGCUGAAAUCAUGCAGAACUUCUGUGUACCAAUGCGGCAACCGCCCAGACAAAGCAAGGUAAGUGAGCAGCCAGUUGACUUAGAACUUCUACGGAAGAUUCAGGACAGGGUCACCAUGGUGGCCAGCGACGCUGCCGCCGCCGAACUUUUGGCGGGUGACUUAGAGAGAGGGCGCCGCGCGGCCGCGACCGACUUUCAAUCCAACUUUCGGAAUUGCAAGGUCGUCGGCAGGGACGCGGCGCAUGCGUCCACCCGGCUCCUGAAGCGACCGUUCCUGGCGCUCUCACCUGUCAAAAUCUUGGUUGACGAAUGGAUCCAUGGGUCUGAAAGCUUCGCUCAGAAGAUACACCACAGCCAGAUUCUCAGCCAGUGGUGGGCCAAGGCCGUCCAACGCCAAGAGGAUUCCGACUUGAGUGGAAAUGCCUGCACCUCCAUCAGUGCGGCCAAACAUAGGUUCUCGUCGUAUCUGAACCCGCUGAGCCGUAUAAUUCGGAACAUGCAAGCAGCUUUCAAUGUGUGCGGUAGGGUCCAAGCCAUGCGAGGUGCCGAGGCCACUUGGGCAAGCAAGCUCUGCCAAAAUUUCACUUCGUUCAAAGCAGCUUUGCUUGCAAUGAUUACCGACGCUGCAGCUAUCAGCGACGACUACACCAGGGGAUGUGACCGUGAAGACACUGACGUUGCUGAUUUGAACUUACGCGCCAGCCAUUUCGUCCUCUCGGCGAGGUCUCUCUUCGUCGACCGGAAGGUGUUGACACUACCCACUUUCACGAAAGAAUUCUUGGAUAGAAAAAGUCCAGUGACCAUUAUUCAGGAUGGAUGUGCCUUGGAAAUCAAAGUUUCGCGCCGAGACUUGGACAGGGCUUUUGCAAUCAUGGAGGACCCGGCGCUUGAGCCGAGCUUUGUUUGGGGG